GGUCGUGUCGUCCAGUCGGUUGGCUCCCGCGUAUCCAAGCUGAAGGCAUGAGUGUCCUCGGGGUCGGGGUGGUUCAGUUCCGGCCGUUGUUGGUGUUGAAACAUGAGAUUGGAAACCCUCAAAGCCGCCGGGAUGCACCUCAGAGUCGAUCGUAUUCUAGACGCUUCCAUCCACCCCUUGCAUCCUCUGCCUCCGGAGCCCAAUACCCUGCAGGUGAAUUGUGGGAUGCAAGAAUCAAGCAGCAAAGGAAGAGAAUAGCAGGCAUUGAUCAAGAUGAAUUGUUGGAUCCCACUCUCCUUGCUGAUCCUGACAGUUCUUUUUGUGAGUUUCAAGGGGUUCACAUUCACCACAAGUUGUAUGAUGCACAAUCACAAAGCAAGGACUACAUACCAAGCCAAGGCCUAACUCUUUCUCACCAAACAGUGAAGCUUAAUAUUCCUAUGAUUCUACUACAUGGCUUUGGAGCUUCUGUUUUCUCCUGGAACCGGGUUAUGAAGCCUUUGGCAGAGAUCACAGCCUCCAAAGCUCUUGCUUUUGAUAGACCAGCCUUUGGCUUGACAUCAAGGGUAAAUAUUCUCAGGCAUUCUUCUCCUGGUACUGAUGAUAAAAAACCUUUGAAUCCAUACACCAUGGCAUUUGCAGUGCUUGCUACCUUGUAUUUCAUUGAUUUCUUGGCAGCUGAAAAGGCAAUACUAGUGGGGCACUCAGCUGGUGCUCUUGUAGCCAUUAAUUCAUAUUUUGAAGCACCUGAACGUGUUGCUGCUCUGAUCCUUGUUGCCCCAGCAAUAUUGGCCCCAGGUGGUGUCCAUAAGGUUGUUGAAGGAAAUCAUCCUGAAAGAACUGACCAGAUUGAAAGGGGCAGACCAAAAUCAGAUAAUCUUCUGAAAUCAUUCCUCAAGCUUGUUGAAAUUAUCUCUAAGUUUACCCAGUACAUUGCGGGAGCAGUAAUGCAAAUAGCAAAGGGCAUGGCCGACAUGCUCAACUCCCUGUAUAAGAAAGCACUAUCUGCUAUUCUGCGCUCUGCCGUGGCUGUGAUGCUGGUGAGGAUGAUAAUUGAUAAAUUUGGUAUAGCUGCUGUAAAGACUGCAUGGUAUGACUCAAAGCAAGUCACUGAUCAUAUCCUGCAGGGUUAUACAAAGCCACUAAGAGCUAAGGGCUGGGACAGGGCUCUUGUGGAAUUCACAGCUGCAAUGCUUUUUGAUAACAAGUCUUCAACAAAGAUAGCACUGCGAGAAAGACUACAUGAAAUCUCCUGUCCAGUUCUUAUAGUCACUGGUGAUUCUGACCGACUAGUUCCCUCCUGGAAUGCUGAGAGACUUUCACGGGCCAUUCCUGAAUGUUGUUUUGAAGUAAUUAAGAAUUGUGGUCACUUGCCCCAUGAAGAAAAGGCGGAAGAGUUUCUUUCAGUUGUUGAUAAGUUCCUGAAAAGGGCUUUCGGUAGUUCUGAGGAUCAGUCUUUACCAGCUAUCACCUGAAAUUUAUGCAGUCUCAGCUCCUCGGCAACUUAUGUUUAGGCAUGUGCAGUCAUUGGAAUUUUUCAAACCAUGUACAAUUUUUAGUGACACCUUAACUAAAUUGAAAACCUUUUGUGCUUGUAGGGGCAAUAAGAAACACAAAGAAAAGAAAAAUAGAGAAGAGUGGGGUAAUAGGUAGUUGGAACGAUUGUGGUAACAUCGAUUUGUAUACUUGUGAUUCAUACAAUACAGUCUGGGCAUGAAUUAUCAUAUUCUGCAACCUUUUGCCACAGCAGAAUAUAUAUACGAAUUCUCUUUGUCAAAAUACAAGAAUUUGCACAUG